CUCUAAGAACCUGCCGGUUUUUCAGACCUGUGGUAAGCUUCCUGAAGUCGUGUGGCUGAGAACCUUUUGGGAACCAUUGAAGGACCAUUGCUGGUUGAAUUAGCUUGUCUCAUAACCAGAGCAGUUCUGUACAAUAAGUACGGUACUGGGCUCCAAACACAGCUUUGCACUCCGCCUCUGUGCUGAGGAGGAUUUCACGCUUUUCAGCUUUAUUUAAUCUACUUUUCUCCUCAUCAACAGACUGGAUUUUGCCACAAGUUUGCCUGUUUUUAACAAGAUCAAGAACUCAGCACUUGAACUUGAUAUCUAAAGACGCCUUUGACCUUUGGAUUGAUUCUGAUUUUUAAUGCUGCAAUGUCCUCUUUACCAGGAGAGGUCCCGCAAAGGAUGCGCCUGUUUCCCAGACAGAACUAUCACCGCACUGGGCUCCCGCUGGAUGUAUCCACCCCCCUUGGGCAGGGAAGGGUCAACCAGCUGGGAGGUGUCUUUAUUAACGGCCGGCCACUACCAAACCACAUCAGGCACAAGAUCGUGGAGAUGGCCCACCACGGGGUCCGUCCCUGUGUCAUCUCCCGGCAGCUGCGUGUUUCUCAUGGCUGUGUGUCCAAGAUUCUCUGCCGGUAUCAGGAGACGGGUUCCAUCCGGCCAGGAGCCAUUGGUGGCAGCAAACCGAGGCAGAUAUCUACAUUGGAUGUGGAAAGACAGAUAGAGGAGUACAGGCACGACAACCCUGGCAUGUUCAGUUGGGAGAUACAGGACAAGCUGCUGAAAGAUGGGGUGUGUGAAAGAGGCACAGUCCCUUCAGUGAGUUCAAUCAGCCGCGUACUUCGAAAUCGAUUUGGUAAGAAAGAUGUGGGCGAAUGGGACAAAAAGGAUGAAGACGGAGAAAAAGCAAACAAACACAGCAUAGAUGGCAUCCUCUGCGAUAAAGCAAGCCUAAUGGAAGAUGUGUCAGAUGUAGAAUCGGAACCUGAUCUCCCCCUGAAGAGGAAGAAGCGCAGAAGUCGGACUACCUUUACAGCAGAGCAGCUUGAAGAGUUGGAAAAGGCCUUUGAAAGGACACACUACCCUGACAUUUAUACCAGAGAGGAACUGGCCCAGCAGACCAGACUAACUGAGGCCAGGGUCCAGGUUUGGUUUAGCAAUCGCAGAGCCAGGUGGCGAAAACAAGCAGGAGCCAGUCAGCUAGCUGCAUUCAACAACCUUCUGUCCAAUGGCUUUCGUUCUACAGGGGUCUCAACACUUUCAACAAACCAGCUUUCCGAAUCAAGCUACCCCUCUCUGUCUCAUGAAAACGAUGACACAGUUCAUCUUCCACGACCACUACCUCCAUCCACUCUGCACCAAAUUGGUAUGUCUAGUGCAGACUGUGGUUCCGCCUAUUCUCUUGCCUCCAACUCCCAUGGGUUCUCCAGUUAUUCUGAUCCAUUUGGGAGCACUCAGAGCAAUCCUGCUAACAAUGGACUUUCUCCACAGGUUAUGAGCAUCCUGAGUAAUUCAUGCAGUGUUUCCUCACAGUCACACCAUGACUUCUCACAGUCUCCUCUUGCAAGGACUUUGAACUCUUCUUUACACAAUAUCAUGCCAGCCAACUGCAGUCAACAUUCAUCUGAGGUCUCUAUUAAGAUGCUGGAUAGAAUUCCUUCAUCUGAGUCUUACUGCCCGACCACAUACAGCUCCACUGACUACAGCAUGGACCCAGUCAUGACAGCUCCCAGUUACCAGUACAGUCCGUAUGGGCAGACUGCUGUGGAUUACUUGGCAAAGAACCUUUUCCUCUCUAGUCAGCACAGGAUGAAGCUGACCAAUCACUCAGCUGUACCGGGGCUACUGCAUGUCAAGACUUGACUGGCCUUCUAGACACACAAACAGCAGGAAACCUUACAACCAGCAAACCUGAUAAUCCUUGCUACAACUCAAAACUUUAAUGGAGAUUUUCCAUCAAUUUAAAUGUUUUUGUUGUUGUUUCUUUUGUUUCACAGGCAGAGAGCCAUAACAGGGCCACAUUUUCACAUCUCUUGAAAUAUCUGUUCCAGCAAAUGUUUAGUACUCAGUUUGGACAAUUUGAAGUUUCUGUGGAUCACUAAUGCUGUUUUACUGUUCUACAUCAGUAUUUACAUACAUUUCUAUGUCUUGUAGAGACUUAUAAAUAACAGGUGGUAAGAACUGUUCACAAAUCACAAACUGUGAUUAAGUUGAAGAGAUACUGUUUUUUUUAGAUGGGGAGAUGAACAUUAAUGUGACAGCUGGAUGAUAAGAGAUAAUGACUGAGAGUUAUUCCACUGUUCAAUUCAAGAUUCUCAGCCACAUUCUGUUCUCUUGCACACAUUUAAUAUUACAGUAACUCAGGAGUUCUCCCAAGAUUUUCUUUAUUUUUUUGAACUUGGCAAAAAUACUUAAUGAAAAUUAUCCCUGUAUUUUGUAUAAUGAGCAUAAUUGAUCACAUAAUUAACCAUGGAACAUUUUUUUUUUGUGGUUGUCUGUAUUUUCUCAGUGCUAAGACUCCAAAAGCCAAAAUCCUCAUAUGUUUAACAUUUUCUGCUCAGUAAUUUUGUUAUUGCAUGUCUAAAACAAGAUCUUUGUGGUUCAGUAUUUUCAUAUGCAUUUGUUAAAUUAUUUCACAUGGCACAAAGUACAGUGGAAAGUAAAAAAAGGAAACUGUUGAGAAUUUGAUCAUGUUCAAAUGAGCACAAAGAAAUGCAAAGAAGACAUUUUGUAUACACAUUUUUAACAAUUUGUUUUCAGAUUUAAAGUUUGUUGUCCCAAAGCUUCCUCCUUAGAAUUAGAAACUCUAACUUGUAGAUACAUAAUCUAUAAGUGCUUUACUGAUUCAAAUAUUUUAAAUAUUCAAAAUAUUAUUUAUUGUUUAGGUUUUCUUAUUAUUUUGUGAGAUAGUGCAACUGCACAAAAGGCUGCUUUUUAUUGCAAUUCCAAAUUUAUAGUAUUUUGGUCUACUUGCUUUCAGAAAGAAUAUCUGUUGAUCUCAGAACACACAAAGUACACCAGAAAGGUUGUCAGACAAAAGAUGAUGAUGGUCUAUCACUACUAUUUUGUUCAAUUUUGCCUUGUGUUUGACUUGUAUUUCGUCUUUCAACCGUUUAAAGUUUAAAUGGGUAGUCAAUAAUUUUGUUAAAGGUGAAAUUGUUUGGAAGCAAUAAAUGUCAUGAACCUUU